AUGAAGCCCGUCGUGUCGGCGUUAAACGCCUGGUCCUGUGUUGUUAUCUCACUUUUCGCCAUCGUCAUCCUCUCUGUCCUCGGUUCCCUAUACGGCAGUAAUAAUCACUCUUUUACCGGCUCGGAAGGUGAGCCCGAAGAUGGUCCUGCAGUUGCUGCCUCCAUUUAUGUCGCUGUAAUUGUCUAUGCUGUACGUCACCCAGAGUUUGAAUUUGCAACUACCUCGAUACCACAAGAGACAAUAUUUGCUAACAUGCUCAUCCACAAACAACAGGGCUUCUUCGUUUUUUGUGGCUUCCAGGCCUACCUCCACAUGCGAGACAGCAGGGGCGGUGCCAUAUCACUUCGCUAA